CCUUAAGCCAAGCCAACUGGCCAAGCUUCGUUUUCUCCGUUUUGCUCGUUCUUCUGCGAGUCGCUGUUUACCACUCCUUCUACUUCUGUAUUUAGUACACCACAACGAUGUCUGACUACGACUUGGUGACAAAAGCUCCUCUAAAGCUCAAGAGUCCCUCUGGUAUUAAAAAAAAAAAGAAAAAGGACAAGGAUCUCAAGAAGGCUCUGGAACACGUAAACGUGACUUCAUCAGAGGGACAACAGAAGCAACCGGUUGUCAAAGAAAUACACAGGACCAACGCAGAGAAGGCGUUCUUGAAGAUGCAGGAGAAACGGCAAAUUGAAAGGAUCAUGGAGAAAGCAUCAAAGACUCACAAGCAAAGGGUGGAGGAAUUCAACAGGCACCUGGACUCACUGACAGAGCAUUACGACAUUCCCAAAGUGAGCUGGACAAAAUAAGCAUCCUUCGCAUACUUCUCGACAGGACAUUCGUCAAUAUGUGCUUUGGUGAACUGCGCUCAUCUCAACGUGCAUUGUGUUCUGUCAGAUUGCGCAGGUUGAUGUAUUCUGGUUGUAGUACACAUCUGUGUGCACACAAUCUUGUCAAUCAUUGUGGAACCAAAAACUGCUCUGCUGUAUAGUAUUGGUGAAAAAAAAGUGGACUGUCUCCUGAUCACCAAGAAUGUGCUCUGUGCUAAUGCAUAUAUUACUGCAUGUUCAAUACAACAAAAAGUGGGACUCUUCGCGACUUGGGAAAUAAAAAUAUUACUAUUGUGAAACAAAAA